CUUCAGCAGUUUGUUUGUCACCCCGACAUGAGAUCUUUUGCAUUGUUUCUGUUCGUGUCAAAGUUGGGCUUCGUUUGGGCUGCGGUGCUUAUGACGAGCAAAACGUUAACACCCAAUGACGAAGUGCUUGCAGUUUGUAAACGGCAAUCAGGCCUAUAACACGGAGUUUCAAUAUGGAUUUUCCGCUUAUUAAGGAAGGUCUCGAGCAACACCCCAGCCUCUACGUUACGGAGUACCAGAAUGUUCCGACUUUGCCGAAUUCGUCUCCUUAUUACUGCAGCAAGGUGGAGCUCCACCUUGUGACCGGAAUGGCUGCCGAUGGAGAAAACUAUACUAUGUGGGCUCGAUGCGGUGAGGAGCGCUCUCUUUUUUUUUUUCGAGGCUUUGGAGGUGGUUGGUACCAAGUCAGGCAACGGGAGGCGGGUCCCGGGUGUCUGGGCAAGCCCACCCACAUUGCGCGGACAUUAGCAGUGUUCUGCAAGGACGCCUAA